AUGGUUCGUUGCUUCAGCUUAGGUUCCGUUUUGAUUCUGAUCGCGAUUGCCGCGUCUAUGGUUGUUCUUCCGCUGAUGCUUCCGCCGCUUCCUCCGCCGCCGUUGGUUCUUCUUUUCUUUCCCGUCGGGAUUAUGGCCGCGCUUGUGGUUCUCGCUUUCUCGCCUUCGGAAAACGUUAAAAACGUCGUCGUUCACUCGUCGUGA